AUGGAGUGCGUGAUCUGUCUCGAUAGCCUGGCUCUGGCGGAUCGAAAGGAGUUCGAGCUGAUGCUGAUGAUGCUCGCGUGGGGCUUCGCUGAUUUCGAGCUGAUGUUGAUGAUGCUCGCAUCGGGCUUCGUUGAGUUCGAGCUGAUGCUGAUGAUGCUCGCGUCGGGCUUCGCUGAUUUCGAGCUGAUGUUGAUGAUGCUCGCAUCGGGCUUCGCUGAGUUCGAGCUGAUGCUGAUGAUGCUCGCGUCGGGCUUCGCUGAUUUCGAGCUGAUGUUGAUGAUGCUCGCAUCGGGCUUCGUUGAGUUCGAGCUGAUGCUGAUGAUGCUCGCGUCGGGCUUCGCUGAUUUCGAGCUGAUGCUGAUGAUGCUCGUGUCGGGCUUCGCUGAUUUCGAGCUGAUGUUGAUGAUGCUCGCAUCGGGCUUCGCUGAGUUCGAGCUGAUGCUGAUGAUGCUCGCGUGGGGCUUCGCUGAGUUCGAGCUGAUGCUGAUGAUGCUCGCGUCGGGCUUCGCUGAUUUCGAGCUGAUGUUGAUGAUGCUCGCGUCGGGCUUCGCUGAUCUCGAGCUGAUGCUGAUGAUGCUCGCGUCGGGCUUCGCUGAUUUCGAGCUGAUGCUGAUGAUGCUCGCGCCGGGCUUCGCUGAUUUCGAGCUGAUGCUGAUGAUGCUCGCGUCGGGCUUCGCUGAGUUCGAGCUGAUGCUGAUGAUGCUCGCGCCCGGGGAUAGGAGAUUGAGUUUGAAAGGAGUUCGAGCUGAUGCGGAUGAUCUCGAGCUGAUGCUGAUGAUGCUCGCGUCGGGCUUCGCUGAUUUCGAGCUGAUGCUGAUGAUGCUCGCGCCGUGCUUCGCUGAUUUCGAGCUGAUGCUGAUGAUGCUCGCAUCGGGCUUCGCUGAUUUCGAGCUGAUGCUGAUGAUGCUCGCGUCGGGCUGCGCUGAUUUCGAGCUGAUGCUGAUGAUGCUCGCGUCGGGCUUCGCUGAUUUCGAGCUGAUGCUGAUGAUGCUCGUAGUUGGGUCGAACUGCUACCCUGCUGUUAGUUCAGAGGCGGAGCUCCGCGGCGAGAUCUUCGAGGAGGCGGUUUGCGACGAACAGGUGGUGCGCUACCGAGUGUUUGGCCCAGAGACGGGGCCAACGCUUCUGGUGUUGCGCGAUUCAGGCAUGUUCGCCCAAGCCCUGGCAGAGCGAUUCCCGGAGACUGCCCUCAGGGUGAUCGAAGUCCAAGGUGGUGUCACCGAUGCCCGCGCACUGCUGCAGCACCUCGCACUCAGGCCCUUUGCGCUUGCCAGUGCUGAUCCAGCAGACGGUGCUGCGGCAGAGCUGGGAAUCCAGCUCUGGGUGGUCGAGCCCGGAGAGGUCCCGACGCUGGAGGAGCGAGCCCGCCUCUACGCGCUCCUGCCCGAAAGGAGCUGA